CUGCUACAUUCAUUCUCUUUUUGGCAGAGGUAUGAAAGUUAUUGAAAACCGGGCAUUAAAAGAUGAAGAAAAAAUGGAACUCCAGGAAAUCCAACUCAAAGAAGCUAAGCACAUUGCAGAAGAGGCAGAUAGGAAGUAUGAAGAGGUGGCUCGUAAAUUGGUGAUUAUUGAAGGAGAUUUGGAACGCACAGAGGAACGAGCUGAGCUGGCUGAGUCCCGUUGCCGAGAGAUGGAUGAGCAGAUCAGACUGAUGGACCAGAACCUGAAGUGUCUGAGUGCUGCUGAAGAAAAGGUACUAACCAUUAAACCCACAGAUAGUUACAUGUAUGGUGUGGUUUUCUUUGUUUUUUGUUUCUGUUUUGCAGCUGCCUCCCCUCCACUGGUUGACUUGUUGAGUGCUUUGCCAUCUCUUCAUGGAAUGCUCCAUUCUUCCUACUUGGCAUCUUUCAUCUCUUUCUUUCCCUAGUUGCUUUACUGCCUCCCACAGGGUCUUUCCUUUCUUUGGGUGAUUUGGGGGACUGUUUGGGUUGGGUAUCUUAUUCCCACAUCCCCUAGUAGCCAUUAUAACUUGUUCCUGGUAAUUUUUUUCAUGUGGUCUUUUCUUUAUUAAUAUCUGAACAUUUUGAGUCCCAGAAGGUCCAGCUUCUGACAUGUUAACAGAGGGAGGAGGGUUGAUGCUUGCUCAGGUUACCUAGGAACUUCUUUUCCCCAAUAAGCCUUUCAACUCUUUCUAUACAUAUAGGUUCAAUUCAUGUCUGUGUGUCUCUCUCCCUUUUUUUUUAUUCUCUUCCUCUUCCCCUUUCCUCUCCUGCGGU